AUGUCCAUUCCAAAAUUCAUUUUGAACAAUGGCGUAGAAAUUCCCGCCCUUGGCUUGGGCACAUAUCGCAUAAAAACCAAGGAAACGCUGGAAGUAGUAAUAAAGAGCGCUGUCACAUUAGGAUAUAGACUUAUUGACUCUGCAAUAGUAUACAGAAAUGAGGAAUUCAUAGGACAAGUACUUCAAAAAUUGUUUAAGGAUCCCUCAUUAGGUCUCAAAAGAGAGGAUAUAUUUAUUACUAGUAAAUUACCACCCAAAGAUCAAGGAUACGAGGCAUGUUACAAUGCGGUUAAUGCGUCACUUCGCCGUUUCGGUAUUGAGUAUAUUGAUUUAUUCUUGAUACAUUGGCCUGGUACCCAAGGUCUGAAACCUCACGACCCACAGAACGCCACAAAUCGAGAUUCAAGCUGGCAAGCGCUUGAACGUCUCUACGAUGAGAAAAAAAUCCGUGCAAUCGGAAUUGAAUUUCAUCCGUUGCUGUAUCAAAAAGAUCUUUUGGAAUUAUGUAAAAAACACGGGAUUAGGGUUGAAGCCUAUUCUAGUUUGGGUGAAGGGAAUUUGGUGGAUGGGAAUGUCGAGGUGGAUGGAUUGGAACAGAUUGCAUUAAAAUAUGGUGUGACUAAGGCACAAGUCUUACUAAGAUGGGGAUAUCAGCAUGAGGUGAUUGUUAUUCCGAAAUCGACAUCACCUGAACGGAUAAAAACUAAUGCUGAAAUCUUUCAUUUUGAAUUAUCGAAAGUAGAAAUGGAAUUAUUGGAUUCCGCAAGUGAUGUUGAAAAACGUCGAUUUUGUUGGGAUCCCACGGAAGUUUAUUGA